AUGUUCAAUAGUCACCUCCGUUAUUUCUACAAAGCUUCAUCAAAUCUCACCCGCUUCAUCGCUCCGCAUCGCACAUUCCACAGCUCCCCCUUCGUUAUGUCCGACAUCUCCGUACAAUUGACUGCCCCGAAUGGGCGCAGCUACACCCAGCCCAUCGGUCUCUUCAUCAACAAUGAGUUUGUGGCUGCUAAGUCUGGCGAGAAGAUCUCCACUGUGAACCCCUCCGAUGAAACUGAGAUUACGUCAGUGCAUGCUGCUGGUGAGGAGGAUGUUGAUAUCGCCGUGAAGGCCGCUCGCAAGGCUCUCAGGGACCCCUCCUGGAAGCUACUGCCGGCCACUGAUCGUGGUCUCUUGAUGCUCAAGUUGGCUGACUUGAUUGAGCAGCACAAGGAGACACUGGCCACCAUUGAGACUUGGGAUAAUGGCAAGCCGUACCAGGUCUCUUUGAAUGAUGAUCUCGGUGAGGUCACUAACACUCUCCGCUACUACGCCGGCUGGGCCGACAAGGUAUUUGGUCAGACUAUUGGCACCACCCCGGCCAAAUUCGCAUACACCCUCCGCCAGCCUAUUGGUGUUGUUGGCCAGAUCAUUCCUUGGAACUUCCCUCUAGCAAUGGCAGCUUGGAAGCUGGGCCCUGCCCUUGCGUGCGGUAACACUAUCGUCCUUAAGCCUGCCGAGCAGACCCCGCUUAGCAUUCUGUACUUGGCCGGUCUUAUUAAGGAGGCUGGUGUUAUUAACGUUGUAAACGGCCAUGGCCGUGUUGCUGGUGGCGCGUUGGUUAACCACCCCGGCGUCGACAAGGUUGCUUUCACUGGUUCCACUCUCACUGGCCGCGAGAUCAUGAAGAUGGCUGCAGGCACCCUCAAGAACGUCACCCUUGAGACUGGUGGCAAGUCGCCGCUAGUUGUCUUUGAGGAUGCGGACCUCGAGCAGGCCGCCAAGUGGGCACACAUUGGCAUUAUGUACAACCAGGGUCAGGUCUGCACUGCGACAUCCCGAAUCCUUGUGCACGAAUCUGUAUAUGACAAGUUCGUUGAGCUCUUCAAGGAGGUCGUCCGGACCACAAGCAAGGUCGGCGACCCCUUCUCCGACGACACCUUCCAGGGCCCUCAGGUCACCAAGGCCCAGUACGAGCGCGUGCUCGAAUACAUUGAGGCCGGCAAGGCCGAGGGCGCAACCCUCGCUUCCGGUGGUGUGCCGCACAAGAAUGUCGGUGAUGGUCGUGGCUUCUUCAUUGAGCCUACGAUCUUCACCAACGUCAAGGACUCGAUGCGCAUCUACCGUGAGGAGGUUUUCGGCCCCUUCGUUGCCAUUGCUAGCUUCUCCACUGAGGAUGAGGCCGUCACCCGUGCUAACGACACCACAUACGGCCUUGGCGCCGCAGUCUUCACUCGGGAUAUUGAGCGUGCCCACCGGGUUGCCUCCGAUAUCGAAGCCGGCAUGGUCUGGAUCAACAGCAGCAAUGACAGUGACUUCCGCGUGCCGUUCGGUGGUGUGAAGCAGAGUGGUAUCGGUCGCGAGCUCGGCGAAGCUGGCUUGGACGCAUAUUCGCAGGUCAAGGCUGUCCAUGUCAACAUGGGCACCAAGUUGUAA